GAUUCAAAAGGGGACGUAGGAAGUGGGAACCACCACCCAUGUGCCCUCCCUCCUGUCUCCACCAGCUGCUGCCGCUCAAUGAUUAGCAUUCUGCUCCCUCCCCAAUAUCCAUCCCUCUCCUCUCUGUAUUUCCAUUAAUUUGUUUUUCUAUUUUUUUUGCUUUUCUUUUCACAUCAAACACCUACAAUACACUGCAGCCAAUCUUUUCAGCUUAACCCCCCAAAAAAAAAAAAAAAAAAAAAAAAACUAAGUGAGAACAUUUUCAGUGAGCCUAGUUGAAAUUGUAUACAGUUUUGGGGUUUUGUUUGGUGCCGCAUGUCAAAUUCAGAGGCUGCUGCUAAAAACGGAGCAACAAUGGAUACCCAGAGACAACAAGCGCCGGGGAACGGUGCCCUUGCCGUCAAGAAACCUCCCUCCAAAGACCGUCACAGCAAAGUAGACGGUCGUGGACGGAGGAUAAGGAUGCCCAUCAUUUGCGCCGCUCGUGUUUUCCAGUUGACUCGCGAGUUGGGUCAUAAGUCCGACGGUCAGACCAUCGAGUGGCUGUUACGCCAGGCCGAGCCUUCCAUCAUAGCCGCUACAGGUACGGGGACGACUCCAGCCAGCUUCUCCACAGUGUCAGUUUCCGUCCGCGGCGGAGCCAAUUCCACUUCUUUGCCGUCAACGACUUCUUCGUCGUUGGAUCAUAAGCCUUUGUUGGGUUCCACCCCUUUUUUACUCGGAAAACGUGUCCGGCCCGACGACGAUAACGCCGGGAAGGACGAUUCCGGAGGGGCCACGGUGGGACCGGGCGUGGGGUCCAUCGUGGGGCCCGCUGGAACGCACACGGGUGCGUUCUGGGCUGUUCCAGCUAGGCCUGACUUUGGUCAAAUAUGGAGCUUCGCGCCCCCGCCUCCUCCCGAGAUGGUGGUACAAACAGCGGCUCAGCAACCAGCUGCAGCUGCGUUUUUCGUUCAGCAACAGCAAGCGAUGGGUGAAGCGUCGGCGGCGAGGGUUGGCAAUUAUCUUCCCGGUCAUCUGAAUUUGUUAGCCUCCUUGUCGGGUGCUCCGGGAGGUUCGGGUCAAAGAGACGAUGACCCUCGUUGAAUUUGGGUGGACCGUUUUACCCUUGUUGUUGGGAGUAUAUAUAUUUAUAUGAAUACAUAGAUUCUAUAAAUAUUUGUGUAUCAAUGUUGUUUUCAUGUGUGUGGAUGUGGAAGAUCAUUUCUAGUUGGAAUUUUAGGGUUAGGGGAGUUAGGGUUUUUGAGGAAACGAUUUGUGAGUUUGGAGUCUGAUGAAUGGAUUCAAAUUAGGGUUUUUCCCUUAGCACUUCUAUUUGAUGAUUAAUUAGGGUUUUAGAGCUUUCACAGUUGUUUAGGAAUUUGAGAGUUUAUGUUGGAGAAGAAGAGGGCUCAAGAAUUAGAGCUUUCAUGAGUGAUAUAUACUUGGGGAUUUCUUUUGUCAUUAAUUAGGGUUUGCUUAUUGCUCUUUGAUUUUGAGCAAGUACUUGCUGAUUUCUUGCUGCAUUGAAGAAUUAGAGGUUUCAAACCUGGAUUUGGAGAAUUCAGGCUUUUCCCUCAUUGGCAAGUUCUUCCAUUGUUCUUGUCAUAGGAACGACGAACGAGCAAAGCGAUUAAAUCUUACUUCUGGAUUGUACUUGAUUUACAUAUUAUUGGGGUUUGAUCGGUUAACCAAAAUAGGGUGACUGGAUGCUGAACGCCCGAGAUUUGCUUGCUUGGCUACUUAGCUUGAUGCUGUGGAUAUAUGGUCUCCCUAAAUAUUCUGGAAUUCCUUCUAUUGCUAUGGUUGUUUGAGAACUAUUAGUUUCUUUGCAGCUGUCGCUUAGCAUCGAAAAUUAUGGUUCUUAAGUGCAUAGCUCAUGGUAUGCUGUGGACGUGGGUUGAUCUGGCCCUCUCUCUUCUGCUUUCAGUGUUUGUGUUUGAUCGCAUGGUCUCAAAGGAGACUGAUGUGUGAAAGAUUGCAUUCCUUUCUGUAAGACCUUUAUUUUGGAAAACUUUAGCUGUACUUUUAGCCAUUUCUUAGAUUUAUCGGUGUGCAAAUAAUGUGUUCUUCAUGUAUUGUUUUGGGUGCCUGUUGUGUGAAUAAAAAAACCCAUAUGUUCUUCUCAA